CGAAGGACGGUUAUAAGGUCAAUGCCUAAUAAUUUCUUCGGGUUCACACAUCUUUAUGACAGUGAAUGGCGAGAACAAGCUUCGGAAAGCCACAGUCAUCUUUGAGUCAACGGAGCUUCCGUUUGGUUCAUACACUGACGACUCUGAAUGCUUAUGCUCUGAUCACAUGAUCCAUUCUGUAUUUCCACAGUUACUCACUUACCAAAUCUAUUGCGGGAGAGUGAGAGCUAGCACAAGGUGACGACGACCAAAUCGAUGUCAGAGAAUACCUUUAAAAGGUUACUCAUCAACAGUAAGCCGCCGUCAAUGUGGAGGAAGAUCGCAGAGGAGCCUGCCUGGCGUCGUGUGGCUCGUCCACCGUUUCUGGUGAAAAGGGCGUACUACUACAACCUGGUUGCCUAUGAGCCUUCGACGAUACGCGACAGUAGAAGCUGGCGAAGAGAGACAAUUGACGGGCCAGGGUCAAGAAGCUUCCUUGGAAUCACUCUCCAUCGAUACGCUACAGAGCUGAGAUCAAGCUGUCGAAAGGCGCGGUCAUUUUCCAGACUGGAGCAAUCCCUGGAGAGAGAGUCAACAAACCAACGUCUUGUGCUCCAACUUAGGCAAGCCCUCCUGACCUACUCUAGCACAUGAAGACAGCUCUUUACCAUUGCACAUGACUAGCCAAUUAUCACAUGUAACGUUUGUUAAAGGGCCAAUCUCCCGGACCAGUAAUC